AUGAAUCUCUCUCCGGCUGCCCUCGUCUUCCUCCUCUUUGCAGCCACCUUUGCCCUGGCCACUGCUUGCCCACGUGAGUUUAUUAUCCUUCUUUUCUCCAAUGUAUUUUUUUAUUUGGGAUAUAUAAAAAGGUAAAGGUACCCCUGCCCGUACGGGCCAGUCUUGACAGACUCUAGGGUUGUGCGCCCAUCUCACUCUAGAGGCCGGGGGCCAGCGCUGUCCGGAGACACUUCCGGGUCACGUGGCCAGUGUGACAAAGCUGCUCUGGCGAGCCUGCACCAGCGCAGCACACGGAAACGCCGUUUACCUUCCCGCUAGAAAGCGGUACCUAUUUAUCUACUUGCACUUUAGGGUGCUUUCGAACUGCUAGGUGGGCAGGAGCUGGGACCGUAGACGGGAGCUCACCCCGCCGCGGGGAUUCGAACCGCCGACCAUGCGAUCGGCAAGCCCUAGGCGCUGAGGAUUUACCCACAGCACCACCCGCGUCCCCUUGGGAUAUAUAGCGGCUUUCAAUUUAUUUUUAAGACAGCAAUAAGGCCAGCUGACCCAUGAAGCAGGGUGAGGCAACCACCUUGGGUGGCAGGAUCGACUGGGGCAGCAGAUCCGGCCUCCAAGGAAUGCGUUGUCCUCUGGCUCUGCUGCUGCCAACACCGCAGUGGCAGCAAAAGCUGCGGCUUGCUCUUUAGAGCAGAUUUGCCACGUCUUUGGCAACCUCUCUGCCCUGUGCCACUGCUGCUGCAGCCUCUUGGAGGGGACCAGAGGCAAGAUCACAGAGAUUCCCAGGUGUAGAGCGGCAGCUGCAGGGGUGGCCCAUGAAGAGGCACUUAGCUUACCCAUGAAACGGUGCCACGGAUGAGCCUCACGUGGAAACCAGACCUUUGUCUUGCUCAGUGAAAAAGCCACCCCAAAGUAUGCCUUCCCCAAACCAUAGGCUAGCAACAAGGGUUUCAUGGGUCAAGAUUCCCAUAUCCAUGGCUGUGGGAGGCGGACAGUUCACAAGGAUGCAAACCUAUAAUGGCACUCCAUUCCUUUCUCCCUUUCAGGUGUAGAAUCCAAGUACGCACUAGGUGAGAAAACAUAUCCUCGUAAGUCUUCCUUGUCUCCCUCUCCUCUAUCUUACUCAAAGAGGUCAAUAAUCUGAUAAUGCUGAUAUGCUUUACUUGGUCUUCUUUAUUUUAACCCACUUGCAACUGUACUCAUUCUAUGUGCCUUUUCAUCGUUUUGCUUUUCAGCUGUUAUUUUUCACCUGUUGCUCUAAUUGUUCUCUCUGUUUUAUAAGCAAAAUGGAAAAAGCUUUACCAAAAUUGUAACAAACCUUACCCAAAGGGGGAACUGGUGCCAGACUCACAUGGAUGCUUCCUUCCCCUACUCUCUGUCCUGGAGACGCUGUUCACACAAGCUUUUCAGCCAAAGGUGGCCACAGUUCUCAAGGUCUUGUGUGAAAACCAUCCUUUGUGUUGUUAACCAAAUUGAGUCCAUCUGCCCAGACUGGUUAGUGGAUCUCCUCAAACAGGAGAAGAAGGGGACUAUUGGCAUUUCCUCUUCUUAUUUUUUGUAAUAAGAUUUUUGUAAUGCUGCCCCAGGAACUGGACUAAGGAGGAGAGGGCUAUUGAUGGCCACAAGCCAUGGUGGCAACGCUCUGCCUCUGUGGUUGGAGACAGCAACACUUCUGAAGACAAGUUGAUGGAACCUACGGGAAGGGAGUGUGCUCAGGUCCUGUUUGUGGGCUUCCCAUUGGGAGCAUCUGCUUGGCCAUUGUGAGAAGAGGAUGCUGGACUAGAUGGGUGACUAGCCUGAAGCAGCAAGGCACUUCUGAUGUUCAUUGUAUUUUUGUAUUUUUUAAGCAUUGUGUGUUUGUUUAAUUUUGGGGCAAGAGGUGUGGAGGCACAAUCAGGACUUGACUACAUCCUAGUCAUCCAAAAUUCAGUGGUUUCUAAACACACUUGCAUGUACAUACACAUACGCACACACAGGUUCUCUCUACCCAGCAAUGAAGGUGCAAGUUCCAGACAGGUUCUGCCACUUGAGCAGCAGGGAGGGGGCACAGACUGGUCUUGGUGAAGUGGGGGAUCUUGGCUGCCCUGGGGGGAAUCUUGAGGGCUAGAUCAAAAGCCCUGGGGACCACAUUCAGAGUUCCUCCAUGCUUGCUUCUAAAUGCAAGGGCCUCCACACAGAGACAAGGAUCUGUAUGUUUGGAUGUUUGAUGUGAAAAAUUUAAAACAACCAUUGCUAAUAAAUUGAGUCAAUUAACAACAGUACUUACUUAUACAACUUCUUACAGUUGGGAUGGAUCCCUCGUCUCCCUGCUGUAAAGAUUAUUCCAAGAUAAAAUUCCCAAAGAGCAUCGUGAAGGAUUAUUUCUACACCAGCGGCAACUGUCGUCUGUCUUCUGUAGUGUAAGUUUCCACAUCAGGGCAAAAGCCAAGAGGCCAGCUGGAUAACAUGUUUCAAAGGGUAGAAGGUGAAGUGAGGCUUAAGCACUUGGGGGACAGAUUGAGAAAAUCAUGAGAGUAGAUCACAGAAAAAUGGAGAAAUUGUCACUCGGGAGAAGAGAUAGGCUGUGACUAUUUUCCAGUCUUAAACUCAGUUCCUCCUCUUUAAAUUUAAGUUCCUCCUCUCUUGCACUCAGAAGGAGCCAGCCACUGAAGCCGUGCCACACUCAGUCCCGUGCUCAGCCUCCUCCUCUGCCCCCUGCCAACAGAUAUUGAAUAGGGCAAAGACAGAGCCAGCACCCCAGUGGGCCUAUUCAUUUGGGAAGCAUGGAUUUGAUGGGAUCACAUUAAGACUGCGGUCAGAAGCAAUUUCUUUUCCAUCUCUAUAUCCUGCUGAGGACACAGGGUCCAUGGCAAAGUGGAUCCUGGUGCCUUUUGACAUGGGAAGCGGGCUGCCUGCCUUUUUCUCCAGACCCAAGAGAAGUGGGGUCCUCAGGCUAGUGGAGAAUCAAAAGGGCACAUUCAGUGACACAUGGUGAAUGUCUGUUUCUUUCUCUGACAGGUUUGUAUUCAAGAAUGGAAGAACAGGCUGUGCUGACCCAAAUGCCCAGUGGGCCAAGGAUCUUAUGGAAUACAUUGACAGCAUUAAGCAUUCCCCCAGCUCAAGACCCACAACUGUGCCUAUCCCCAGCGCAUAGCCCACAUUAGGAAAAGGCACUUGGAGCCACGGCAACCUCCUUGCCUCUUUGCUGAACCUCUUCCCUCUCUCUCUCUCUCUCUCUCUCUCUCUCUCCCCUCCCUCUCUCUCUCUCUCUCUCCCCCCCUCCCUCUCUCUCUCUCUGCCCGCUCAUAUUCUGUCCCCUUCAUGGCUGAAGAGAGUCUUCAUUCAAGGGACUCUGUGGUUAUCAAGGCAGCGAUCUAGGAGCAGCCGGCCUGCCUUGUGGGAAAGGGUCUACCAGAAAGUAGUUCCUGAAGUCAGCAGGUGCCCCUUUCAUAGCUAAGUCAAUCAACACUGUUUGGCAGGUUCUGUUCAAGCAACCAAGCGUCUGUUUCCAAGCAGCUUUUCAAAAUGUUGAUUUCCAGUGAGCUGCUGGGGGACAAAUUCUUUUUGCCGGGGCUUUUAAGGAAAUUCCCAGAGCAUGAUUUAAAUCUCACCUUGGGUAUCUGUCUUGAGAAUCUGCACAGCAAAUGUUUCUGAAUUCUUUGCUCUCUGCUUGAGAGGCAACUUUAAGCACACUGAUUUCUGCUUGUGUUGUUCUUAAGUGUUGCUUAUAGGAGUAUGUCUGCAGAUGGGCCAGUCUGCAGUUCUGCCGUUGGCUUCUGAAAAUAAAGAUGCAGUUUGAGUUCCCCUCUGUCUUUUGUGAGUCCUUAUUCUCUCCAGGGGGGAGGGGGGGGAGGCGCGUCCAGGCAGUCUGAGAUCAGCUUCGGAAGGGGAGGGAGAUGACAGGCAUUUUUGCAACCUCAGCCCACAGGGAACAAGGUGGUCACGAUUCCCAAGGCUGCCUCUGCUGCCUCCCUUGGCUAAGCUGGUUGGGUAGCAAUAUCCGGGAUUUAGCCUUGAUUCAAGUGGAUGGCAAGGGAGGAAGAUCCGCUCCAGUUCCCCUUUUUGUCAACUCAUCAUCAAGAACGAUGGGGGCAUCUGUGCUGACCCCAAUGAACAAUGGGUCCAGGAUCGCAUCCGCCAUCUCCCUGCACCCAGUAGUGAACCUUGGGGUCUCAAAUUUCAGCAGCGCCCUGUGCAACACCCAAAAUUCAGCACCCCACCCCACCUCUCACCUUCCAUUCUACAUCAUAGUUACGGUGCCCUCUGCUCUGCACCCAGUGUGACCAAACCAGUUGCACUCCCCUAAAUCCGCCUCUGCUCCACCAUCUCUUUGGAUUCCCACCAAGAGCCAGCCAGGCCUCUGCAUCUCUCUCAGCCUCAGUUCCAGACAAGCCCACUCUAAACGAUCCUUUGGAGCUGCUUGACAGUAUCAAGGAGAAUGUGGGCAGGGGGGGCCACUAGACAGUGUCUAUUAAGACGUUCAUAAAGCCUUUCAUAGCCCCCCCCCCCAACAAAGGCUUCUGAGUAAGCCCAGAGAGUCAUGGGAUAAGAAGAGUGGUCCUCUUGUGGAUCAGUAACAGGUGAAGAAUCAGGAAGCAGAAAGUGGGAAUGAAUGAAGAGUCCUCCCAGUGGAGGGAUGGAGAAAGUGGGCUACCCUGAGGACCAGGAUUGGGCCCUGUGCUUAACUCAAAUGAACAUGGAUCCCUGUUGAUAAGGAAAACAUCCUGGGGUGUGGAUUUACUCUGCUGCCCAGCUCAUUGGGGUGCCACUCCCUGGGCGUCUCUUCGGUCAGCAAAAGAAGGAGUCUCAAGUCAAGUUAAAGAAGCAAAGCAGCGGUCAGUGGACCUGAUCUUUAUUUGUUGCAACAAGGUCAAAGCACGUAAAGAGUAGGAACCCCAAGCAUGGGGUUGCAUGAACUUUUAAGACUUCUCCCUAUUUCCCAUAAUACAUUUUUCAACAGCUUCAUUGAUACAUCACAGAUAUGACACAAAGUAGGAGAGUUUUGGAUGUAGAAACAUGAGCCCAUCACUCACCCCGGUCAAUAACCAGGGUUUUAAUAUUAAUUAUCCGCUUCUCCAAAGAACAAUAAAAGUACCAGUAUUUGCCCAUCCCCCUAACUACAAGGCUUUCCUGAGCUUCUCCUUUGAAAGUAUCAAGAUUCCUCUGCCAUCCCAAUGAAUUUCUGUCUGGGUUAUGUGCUGCCUUUGAUCGCCCCCUGCCUCCUAUUGUGAGACUAAGUUCAGACCUUAUGGAGGGGCAAGGAGUACGUGGCCUUAUGCUCAAGGGAUUAUGGAGGCAGGGGGAGCUCUAGAUUCUCAUAGUCCAGAGGAGUCAUUACUGUUGGAACCAAGGAAAUCAGUCAAAGUUUAGUGAUUCUUUGUGAAGUUUCUACAGUUUUCUAUAUGGGAUAGUCAGAGGAGACAGUGCCAUACAUGGUCUCGGCUUAUUGCUACAAGUUUAUAGGCGGCUUUUCUCAGCCUCUUUGCUGUUGUGUAUGUAUGGUGCUUGUGUAAAUGGUCCUGGUCCUGGCCUUAGUUUGAGGCUGUGGUAGGGACUUGGGAUUUGCAGGGGGGUCAUUUAACUGCCCCCCAUCCCUGGUUUUAACACUGUGCACAGCUUCUGUACACUAAGCUAGUCAACCAGCAAAAUUCCUUAACCGACUUCUUAACACAACUUUCCCAGGGUGGGCAAAAUGGAGAUCCAGGUGAGCCUUGGGUGGAUCCAGAAGACAAGAGCUUGCCUGGAGUCCCUCUGCCAGCACUGGGGGUGGGUAGGUAGGUGGGAGUCUCCCCUUGGGCACAGAGGGCUCUUGGGUGCUAUCAGAACCCAUCCAAGAAAAGUCAUGGCACCCUCCAUUGCACCCACAGCCCAGUUGCUACCCAUCCUUCCCCCUAAAAUGGCCUGAUCCCUCCCGGGACCUUGUUCCAGCUGCUUUACAUUUGUGCUCACAAGGCCUCGAGCCUCCCCUAAGCCCAUGGAAGCACACAGGCUGUUUACACAGAAAUGGACGUGUUGCACGAAAGGGCUCUUAUCAACCCCCUUAUCAAUCAAAAUAUGCCACAGGUGAUGGGCCUCUUGAUACGUCCACAUCCUGCCUCCGUAUCUUGGGCAUCAACCCCUCACUAUCUCCCUUGAUUGGGGUAGAGUGGAAACUUUUCAGAAGUCAAUCUAGAAACACCGUCUAUAAAGAAGAGACUAGGGUGUACUGAGUGUCAAAGCAGUCAAGGAAAGAGACUGGAAGGGCCCCAAUCCUCUCUUCAUCUCUGCCUGUCAUGAAUCUCUCUCCGGCUGCCCUCGUCUUCCUCCUCUUUGCAGCCACCUUUGCCCUGGCCACUGCUUGCCCACGUGAGUUUAUUAUCCUUCUUUUCUCCAAUGUAUUUUUUUAUUUGGGAUAUAUAAAAAGGUAAAGGUACCCCUGCCCGUACGGGCCAGUCUUGACAGACUCUAGGGUUGUGCGCCCAUCUCACUCUAGAGGCCGGGGGCCAGCGCUGUCUGGAGACACUUCCGGGUCACGUGGCCAGUGUGACGAAGCUGCUCUGGCGAGCCUGCACCAGCGCAGCACACGGAAACGCCGUUUACCUUCCCGCUAGAAAGCGGUACCUAUUUAUCUACUUGCACUUUAGGGGUGCUUUCGAACUGCUAGGUGGGCAGGAGCUGGGACCGUAGACGGGAGCUCACCCCGCCGCGGGGAUUCGAACCGCCGACCAUGCGAUCGGCAAGCCCUAGGCGCUGAGGAUUUACCCACAGCACCACCCGCGUCCCCUUGGGAUAUAUAGCGGCUUUCAAUUUAUUUUUAAGACAGCAAUAAGGCCAGCUGACCCAUGAAGCAGGGUGAGGCAACCACCUUGGGUGGCAGGAUCGACUGGGGCAGCAGAUCCGGCCUCCAAGGAAUGCGUUGUCCUCUGGCUCUGCUGCUGCCAACACCGCAGUGGCAGCAAAAGCUGCGGCUUGCUCUUUAGAGCAGAUUUGCCACAUCUUUGGCAACCUCUCUGCCCUGUGCCACUGCUGCUGCAGCCUCCUGGAGGGGACCAGAGGCAAGAUCACAGAGAUUCCUAGGUGUAGAGUGGCAGCUGCAGGGGUGGCCCAUGAAGAGGCACUUAGCUUACCCAUGAAACGGUGCCACGGAUGAGCCUCACGUGGAAACCAGACCUUUGUCUUGCUCAGUGAAAAAUCCACCCCAAAGUAUGCCUUCCCCAAACCAUAGGCUAGCAACAAGGGUUUCAUGGGUCAAGAUUCCCAUAUCCAUGGCUGUGGGAGGCAGACAGUUCACAAGGAUGCAAACCUAUAAUGGCACUCCAUUCCUUUCUCCCUUUCAGGUGUAGAAUCCAAGUACGCACUAGGUGAGAAAACAUAUCCUCGUAAGUCUUCCUUGUCUCCCUCUCCUCUAUCUUACUCAAAGAGGUCAAUAAUCUGAUAAUGCUGAUAUGCUUUACUUGGUCUUCUUUAUUUUAACCCACUUGCAACUGUACUCAUUCUAUGUGCCUUUUCAUCGUUUUGCUUUUCAGCUGUUAUUUUUCACCUGUUGCUCUAAUUGUUCUCUCUGUUUUAUAAGCAAAAUGGAAAAAGCUUUACCAAAAUUGUAACAAACCUUACCCAAAGGGGGAACUGGUGCCAGACUCACAUGGAUGCUUCCUUCCCCUACUCUCUGUCCUGGAGACGCUGUUCACACAAGCUUUUCAGCCAAAGGUGGCCACAGUUCUCAAGGUCUUGUGUGAAAACCAUCCUUUGUGUUGUUAACCAAAUUGAGUCUGUCUGCCCAGACUGGUUAGUGGAUCUCCUCAAACAGGAGAAGAAGGGGACUGGAGGCAAACCUAUUGGCAUUUCCUCUUCUUAUUUUUUGUAAUGAGAUUUUUGUAAUGCUGCCCCAGGAACUGGACUAAGGAGGAGAGGGCUAUUGAUGGCCACAAGCCAUGGUGGCAACGCUCUGCCUCUGUGGUUGGAGACAGCAACACUUCUGAAGACAAGUUGAUGGAACCUACGGGAAGGGAGUGUGCUCAGGUCCUGUUUGUGGGCUUCCCAUUGGGAGCAUCUGCUUGGCCAUUGUGAGAAGAGGAUGCUGGACUAGAUGGGUGACUAGCCUGAAGCAGCAAGGCACUUCUGGUGUUCAUUGUAUUUUUUAAGCAUUGUGUGUUUGUUUAAUUUUGGGGCAAGAGGUGUGGAGGCACAAUCAGGACUUGACUACAUCCUAGUCAUCCAAAAUUCAGUGGUUUCUAAACACACUUGCAUGUACAUACACAUACGCACACACAGGUUCUCUCUACCCAGCAAUGAAGGUGCAAGUUCCAGACAGGUUCUGCCACUUGAGCAGCAGGGAGGGGGCACAGACUGGUCUUGGUGAAGUGGGGGGAUCUUGGCUGCCCUGGGGGGAAUCUUGAGGGCUAGAUCAAAAGCCCUGGGGACCACAUUCAGAGUUCCUCCAUGCUUGCUUCUAAAUGCAAGGGCCUCCACACAGAGACAAGGAUCUGUAUGUUUGGAUGUUUGAUGUGAAAAAUUUAAAACAACCAUUGCUAAUAAAUUGAGUCAAUUAACAACAGUACUUACUUAUACCACUUCUUACAGUUGGGCUGGAUCCCUUGUCUCCCUGCUGUAAAGAUUAUUCCAAGAUAAAAUUCCCAAGGAGCAUCGUGAAGGAUUAUUUCUACACCAGCGGCAAAUGUCGUCUGUCUUCUGUAGUGUAAGUUUCCACAUCAGGGCAAAAGCCAAGAGGCCAGCUGGAUAACAUGUUUCAAAGGGUAGAAGGUGAAGUGAGGCUUAAGCACUUGGGGGACAGAUUGAGAAAAUCAUGAGAGUAGAUCACAGAAAAAUGGAGAAAUUGUCACUCGGGAGAAGAGAUAGGCUGUGACUAUUUUCCAGUCUUAAACUCAGUUCCUCCUCUUUAAAUUUAAGUUCCUCCUCUCUUGCACUCAGAAGGAGCCAGCCACUGAAGCCGUGCCACACUCAGUCCCGUGCUCAGCCUCCUCCUCUGCCCCCUGCCAACAGAUAUUGAAUAGGGCAAAGACAGAGCCAGCACCCCAGUGGUCCUAUUCAUUUGGGAAGCAUGGAUUUGAUGGGAUCACAUUAAGACUGCGGUCAGAAGCAAUUUCUUUUCCAUCUCUAUAUCCUGCUGAGGACACAGGGUCCAUGGCAAAGUGGAUCCUGGUGCCUUUUGACAUGGGAAGCGGGCUGCCUGCCUUUUUCUCCAGACCCAAGAGAAGUGGGGUCCUCAGGCUAGUGGAGAAUCAAAAGGGCACAUUCAGUGACACAUGGUGAAUGUCUGUUUCUUUCUCUGACAGGUUUGUAUUCAAGAAUGGAAAAACAGGCUGUGCUGACCCAAAUGCCCAGUGGGCCAAGGAUCUUAUGGAAUACAUUGACAGCAUUAAGCAUUCCCCCAGCUCAAGACCCACAACUGUGCCUAUCCCCAGCGCAUAG